AUGUCCCAUAUUGCUAUAUCUGUCCUAACGGACCUCAACAGUGAUAAUUUCGGCCUUAAGCCUCAUGCCGGACGCAUCUGGCCUGCCUCAAGAUUUCACAUCACAAUUUUAGCGUAUUUAGGGAGCAAAACUACCCCCUGUACUGGCAGUAGCACGUCCAAAUCCGGUAAAGUAGUGCUGUCGUCAGUCAAGGGUAUGCGAGAUAUUGAUGAAGGGCUAGACCUGGAGAAUACAAACGCUCACGACGCUGAUGAUGAUCGCUCGACAAAGGCAAGCGACUGGAGUAGUAAGGACUGGAGAGACCAAACUGGCACGUACACGCAUUUAUCAUCAAAUGUUCCUCUCAGAGAGGAAGCAGGGUUAAGGAUAUUCUUGCUUUUUUUUGCAGGAUCUGACGGUUCCUCAGGUGUAGAAUCGCCACCAUCGGACAUUCCCACUUCUUCAUCGUCUCUGUACAAUCCACCGAAAAUAUACAGCGAUUUUGCUAUUGAAGAACAUGCAAUUACGGAGCGACCGGAUCUAGAGACUCAGCUCAAAAUUAUGCAGUGGUUGACGGGACGUGCUGUGAGUUCAUAUUUUUCAUUUAUCUGUUCUAUUUAA